UUGGACUAAGUGGAGUCUAGGCUUCAUUCAUGAGAGAGCGAGAUUGAGAGACAGAGAGUGAGGGUAAGGAAGAUGGAUUCUUUGGUGUUGUUACUUGUUGGUGCGGUGGAUCCCGACGGUGAUUCACCCCCCCAUACCAAUUGGUACCAUACACACCAUACAUCCAUCCAUACAUACAUACCACUGGCUCCAAUUCCAAUACAAAUACUCUCCCUCUCCCUCCUUCGUUUCUCACCUGCUUCUUUCCCUCUCCUCUUCCACCUCACAGUCCGUCCUCUCUUUGACGCUCGGUCAUUCCUUCUUUCCACCCUCAUUCCUUGGGUUUUUUUUUGCUCUAUACUGCUGUGCAGUACGCAUUCCUUAGACUCCUCUGUCGACCAGAGCAUCAAACCUUCCAAAAGAAAACAGUGACCCUACAUUGUCGACCAAAAGCAAAUCACUCCACCAAACAACCACCACAAUCCUAUAUCAAACAACCCACAUCCAUUACAAUGGCUCCUCUUUCCAAGUCUCUCGCCCUGGCUGGCACUCUCUUUGCCGCCUUUGGCUCUGCUGCUCCUGUUGAGAAGCGCUCAACCGAAGUUGUUUACCAGACCGUCACCUCCGUCGUCUGGACCACUGUCGACGUGACCACCACCAUCUACGGCGCUGCCCCUACCGAAUCCGCUGCCGCUAGCCCUACCCCCGAAUCUCAAUACCAGGUGCCCGGCAACAGCCAGCCUGAGCAAUCCGUCAACUACCAGCCCUCUUCCUUCACUACCUCUACCUCCACCGCUUGGGGCGCUGCUUGGACCCCCGAGCCCGCAUCUUCCACCACUUCGACUUCCACCAGUGAGUGGGAACCCGCCUGGACUCCUGCCCCCACCAGCUCCAGCUCCACCAGUGAAUGGGAGCCUGUCUGGACUCCUUCCACUACCAGCCAAGAGCCCGCCUGGACCCCCUCCACUACCACCGUUCCCGCUGCGGCCACCACCUCGGCCUCCAGCUCCAGCUCCAGCUCCAGCGGCAGCAGUGGCAGCAGCGGCAGCAGCAGUGGAUACUCCGGUAGCUGCUCCUCCGAGUCUCCUUGCACGGGUGAUCUGACCUACUAUGUGGCUGGACUGGGAUCUUGCGGCAUCACCAGCAACGGCAACACCGACAUGGUGGUUGCGCUUCCCCAUGGCAUCAUGCAAGACAGCGACUGCGGCAAGACCGUGAAGAUCACCUACAACGGUGUGACCGACUACGGCACCGUCUGGGACAAGUGCAUGGGCUGUGACGAUGUGUCGAUCGACCUGUCGGAGAAGCUGUUCAAGAAGUUCGGUACCGAGUCCGAGGGACGCCUGACAGGCGCGGAGUGGUACAUUCAGUAGAUGGCCGGGAUGGAACGGAAAUAUUUUACCCUUCUUGUCACUCGUUGAUUGACUGAUUUAGAUAUGAUGAUUUUGAUUUCUUGUUUAUACCUUAGCACACACACACACACAUUCUUUAGAUUGUCCUGGGGACGAAUCUAUCUGCAGUAUGACUGACGUGUAUGUAUCACGAUUAGAAUGAAUAAGAGAAAGAAGAAGAAGAAUAAGACUGUUG